AUAGAUAUAGUUAAGAUUCCAAUCACCCUGAGCUGGUUUUCCCAUGCACUUCUCCUCCUCUUCCUAAGAAUAACCAUCAUUCAAAGAUAUACCAAUUUUUGAAUCAAACCUUUCCGUCUCAUCUUCAUUCUUUCUGCUCCCAAUCUCAAUCCUCCUUCUUCUCUGACUCUCCAUUUCAUUCCCACACCUCAAAAUUAUGUUAAAGGAGUUUUUUAAUUUCAUCCCUCAUUAAUAAUAAUAUUAUUAUUAAGGUUGAAAUAUUCCUAGCUAUAUCUCCUUUCACAUUUUUUGCGUGGGAAUGAACAUGAACCUUUUCGGAAUCUUUGGAAUAAACCCUAAACCAAGAUAUCCAUUACCAUCCCUCCCCAUGUAAACACAAACACUUACAAAUAAAAUAUACAAAAAAAAAAAACAUUUUAUAUUGUUUGUAAUUUAACAACAUAUAACAUUAUGGGUACGAGGUAGUUGUUGUUGUCUUAAAAAAAUUUGUAAAGGUUUUGGUUUUUUUAUUUUUUAUUAUUAAUUUUAAAGAUGGAGAGAUUAGAGAGAAGGAGCAAGAAGGAUCAAGAAAAGAAAUCAAAAAACUCAAAAGUUGUGGAAAUAACGAAUAAAAAUAGUAUUAAGAAAGACUUUUUCUAUGCAUAUGAUGAAGAGAUAUCAGCAGCAGGUUCGCCAAUACAAUCACCAAGAGAUGUAUUUGACGUACCGAUAUCAGGCACGGAUUCUGAUAGCACAGGAAGCAGCAGCAGUUCGAGUUCGACGCCGCAACGGGUGCAAAAUGGUGGGAGGUCAUCCGGAGGAGGAGUGGUUGAAGGUGGACACCAAUGGAGGAAUAUGAUUGAUGCAUUGAGGAUUAAAUCUGUGAGGAGAUUUUCUUCCAUUCCUUUGCUUGCUGCUAGCUAUGAAAUUUCUAGGAAGAAUUUGAGGAAUAAGUUGGCUAGAGUAAGAACAGAUAAUGAUGAUGAGAAUGGUUUUGAUUGUUCUCUUGACCUUGAUGGUAUUCCUACUAAGCCUACUUGGAGAAAUUUUAGUUAUGAAGAUCUUGUAGCUGCAACUGACAAUUUCAAUCCUGAGAACAUGAUUGGAAAAGGUGGUCAUGCAGAAGUGUACAAAGCAUGUUUACCAGAUGGUAAAGUUGUGGCAGUAAAAAGACUAAUGAGAAAUGAAAAAGAAGCUGGAGACAAAGCUGGUGAUUUCUUAUCAGAGCUUGGGAUUAUUGCUCACAUUAACCACCCAAAUGCAACACGCCUCAUCGGUUUCGGAAUCGACCGGGGCCUCUACUUUGUUCUUCAAUUCGCUUCGCAUGGAAGCCUUUCCUCUUUGCUCUUUGGUUCCGAAUGUUUGGAAUGGAAAAUAAGGUUCAAGGUAGCACUUGGGGUAGCAAAAGGUUUGCAAUAUCUCCAUCAAGAUUGUCCAAGAAGAAUCAUUCACAGAGACAUCAAAGCCUCAAACAUAUUACUCAACCAUAAUGGUGAAGCUGAGAUUUCAGAUUUUGGAUUGGCAAAGUGGCUUCCAGAUAAAUGGGCACACCAUGUUGUGUUUCCAAUAGAAGGCACAUUCGGGUAUUUGGCUCCAGAGUAUUUCAUGCAUGGACUUGUGGAUGAAAAAACUGAUGUUUUUGCAUUUGGGGUAUUGUUACUUGAGCUCAUGACAGGUCGUCGUGCAGUUGAUUCUAAUAGUAGGCAAAGUCUUGUGAUUUGGGCUAAACCACUAUUGGAUGCAAAGCAGGUGAAGGAAAUAGCAGACCCAAGAUUAGAAGAUCAAUAUGAUCCAAUUGAAAUGAUGUGUGCCAUGGCAACAGCUUCCAUGUGUAUCCACCACGUGUCCUCCAAAAGGCCAUACAUGAAUCAGGUUGUGCUACUGCUAAAAGGUGAAGAGGUAGCUGUGGACCUAACUCAAAAAUCAAUAGCUCCAAGGUCACUCUUGCUAGAUGCUUGUGAUUUAGAAGACUAUACGUGUUCAAAUUAUUUGAAUGAUCUCAAUCGUCACAAGCAAUUAAUCAUGGAGUGAUGUUGAUUCAUAAAUAAUGAUAUUAGAAUUGUGCUCUGUCUGUUGUGGCCUUUUGGGGUUGCAUGUGUUGUAUCUAUUGAUAACAUAUUAAUGCGGUGAUGUUUGUAGUUGUAUUUGUUGUGGAUAAAGCUAACAAUGUCACAACAAAAAGCUAGCUUUUGUGUCUUUCUUCGAGCUUGAUAAAGGUAUCUUAGGCUUGUAAAUUGGCAUGAACUUGUAAUGAUCAUCAUUAGUCAAGAAGCACUCAUAGUUAAUUUGUUCA